AUGGCACUAUCGAUAUAUCGAAAUUGUCAGACAAUUUUUAAGUAUAUCAACAAAUUGAUUUGUUUUUCAUUACCAAAAUUUGAUGUCCUAUUUUGGCCUACUUUGGCCAAUAUUUUGUAUAUCCUCGAGCACUUCAAGUUGGACUCCGAUAAAAUUGAAGACAUUCUAUUCCAAUAUCAGAACAUCAAUCUUCUAAACUGGUCAAAUUUGACAGACACCAUAAGUUUUUGGGCCGAAGUGUCCAACUAUGUGGAUGCAGCAGGUAACAAAAGGUUUUCGGCACUAGCAUCAUUUGCGCUAAGCCUUUUAUCGUUGCCAUGGUCGAACGCAGAGGUGGAACGAGUGUUCAGUCAAAUGAACAAUGGCAAAACCAAGCUGCGAAAUAGAAUGGCCGUUGAAACACUAAAUUCUAUUUUACACAUAAGAUACGGACUACGCCGGGCAAACAAAUGCUGCCAUAAUUAUGAAGUCCCAGAAGAUUGCUCGAAAAUGAUUGGAACCAAUCAGAGCUACAAAAAAUUCAGCAGAAGAAGAGGGCAUGAUUGAGGAAAUUUCAGAACUUAUCAAAAAUACUUAAUAAAUAAA